UACCUGUAUCAACACCUGCACGGGGAGGAAAUGGCGUGCAAAUGACGCGGCUGCCGCCGAUUGGCCCAGCGGCGCCUCACGUGACCCGGAAACCUCGAUGCUGUUCGGAGUGGUUCGGCUUCUGUUUCGCUGGAUUUCUCGGAUUUUGGUUCGAUAAGAUGGAAACUUUAAACAAACUGAAGCAGUUCGACGCCUAUCCGAAAACCCUGGAGGACUUCCGGGUGAAGACGUGGGGGGGAGCGACCGUGACGAUCAUCAGCGGCGUCAUCAUGCUGAUCCUCUUCGUGUCCGAGCUGCAGUACUAUCUCACUAAAGAGGUCCAUCCUGAGCUUUACGUGGACACGUCACGAGGAGACAAACUCAAAAUCAACAUCGACGUCAUUUUCCCUCACAUGCCGUGUGCUUAUCUCAGUAUAGAUGCUAUGGACGUGGCUGGUGAGCAGCAGCUGGACGUGGAACAUAAUUUAUUCAAACGACGGCUGGAUAAGGAUCUGAAAGUGGUCAGCAUGGAGGCAGAGAAGCACGAGCUGGGGAAAGCUGAUGAUGGCGAGGUCUUUGACCCCAGCACUCUGGACCCAAACCGAUGCGAGAGCUGCUACGGAGCCGAAACCGAAGACCUGAAGUGUUGUAACUCCUGUGAUGAUGUGCGGGAAGCUUACCGACGGCGAGGUUGGGCCUUCAAGAACGCUGACACCAUCGAACAGUGUAAGAGGGAGGGCUUCACUCAGAAAAUGCAGGAGCAGAAGAAUGAAGGCUGUCAGGUCUACGGCUUCCUUGAGGUCAACAAGGUGGCGGGAAAUUUCCAUUUUGCUCCAGGAAAAAGUUUCCAGCAGUCCCACGUCCACGUGCACGCUGUGGAAAUUCAUGACCUGCAGAGCUUCGGCCUGGACAACAUCAACAUGACCCACAUGAUCAAACACCUAUCGUUCGGCCGAGAUUACCCCGGAAUCGUCAACCCUCUGGAUGGGACCGACGUCACAGCCCCACAAGCAUCCAUGAUGUACCAGUACUUUGUAAAGAUCGUUCCUACUAUCUACAUGAAAACGGAUGGAGAGGUGGUAAAAACAAACCAGUUUUCUGUCACCAGGCAUGAAAAGGUUGCUAACGGGUUGAUAGGAGACCAGGGCCUGCCAGGAGUCUUUGUUUUGUACGAGCUGUCUCCUAUGAUGGUCAAAUUCACAGAGAAACAUCGGUCGUUCACGCACUUCCUGACAGGAGUCUGUGCCAUCAUCGGGGGCGUGUUCACAGUGGCCGGUUUGAUUGACUCGCUCAUCUACCACUCAGCGCGGGUCAUCCAGAAGAAGAUCGAGCUGGGAAAGGCGUCCUAACAGCACCCCCUGCUGGCAGCAUAGACCCAGGAACUGGGGGGGGGAGGGGGGUCUCAGGUUUCACCUUCUGAGCUGCAAACGCCGCCAAGCAGAACUGAAGGACGUCUGGAUGGUGCCGCCGCUCUGACUUUAUGUUUUCUCUUUACGAUCACCAUGGCAACCAUCCAGCUGCACUUGUCCAGAACCCCCCCACCCCCCACUUGACUGCUGUUGGCUUUUCUAUGUCCAGAACUCUGAAGGUCCAGAUCCAGAGGGGCUUGGUGAAGCUUACACAGUGGGGGGGGAGGGGGGUCCUUCACACUGUCAGACCUGUUCUUUCCACUUCCUGCUCAGAGAUGGAGACCCCCCCCCACCCUCAGAGAUGUCUCCUCCAUCUUUUUUUUUUUGAGGGGGGGGCAAUCUUUUGGGGUUGUGUAAGCACUUGAUUCGGGGGGUUCUGUGCCGGGACGGGUGACUGUAUUUAUAUUUUGGUUGUUUUCAAAGUGAAAGUAAAUAAAAUGUGAAAAUCUGCAGUUUGUUAAACAGGAACGAGGUCAUGUGAUCGUGUCAGGCUCCAU